UUUGUCAAAAUUUUCGAACAAACCAACAAUUCUCCCGUAAUUCUUCUCGAAACUUCAUCAAGUAUACUUACUCGGAAAAGGAAAAAAUGGAGUAACAUACUCCUACAUUUCAUUGGCUGACUGAAACAAUAACUCCUCCACUUACAUCCAUAAAUUCAUUUGACAAAUAAAUACUGCAAGAAAUCCUCCGUUUAUCAAUCUUAUUCAUCAUCACGAUCAAGGUCAAUUAUCCUCUCCAACGAUCUCCUUUUUUCUGUGUUUGUUCAUCAAUUUCCUACAGAAUGAGAGUAUUGAGGUUGAGCCUUAUUGUGCUCCUAGCAUUCCUUAUAUCAGUUUCUAUAGCUUGGGCAAGUGAGGAUCGGGUUAACAAGUCAAUUUCAGGGUUAGUUUGGUCAACUGGUAAAGAAGGAGGCCUGUUCGGGAAGUCACAUUCCGAAGAACCUGUGGAUUUGAAUGAUAAUGACGAGCUUGAUGGUGGUUUUUCUUCCCUUGAUGGGAUGCUACAAUGGGCAAUAGGACAUUCUGAUCCAGCUAAAUUGAAGGAUGCUGCUAAAUCUAUGCAACGCCUAUCCGAUGAUGAGCUAAAGCAGCGCCAAAUUGAAAUCCAGGAUUUAAUGGAAAAGUUAAGAAUGCCUUCAGAUGCAGAGUUGAUGAAGGUUGCAAUAGAUGACUUGAAUAAUAUUUCAAUCUCUUUAGAAGAUCGUCUUCGUGCUCUGGAAGAACUUUUGGUACUUGUUGAACCUAUAGAUAAUGCUAAUGAUUUGAACAAACUUGGAGGUGUUGCUGCUGUUAUAAGCCAGCUUGACAAUCUUGAUCUAGAUGUAAGGAAACUUGCUGCUUGGGUUAUUGGAAAAGCUAGUCAAAACAACCCGGUUGUUCAGAAUCAGGUGUUGGAACUUCGUACACUGGCAAAGCUCAUGAAGAUGGUGAGAUCUGAUGUUGUAGAAGAGGCCACCAAAGCAUUGUACGCAGUUUCUGCCUUAAUCAGAAACAAUUUUGAUGGCCAGAAAAUUUUUUAUGCCGAAGCUGGAGAUUUGAUGCUUAAGGAUAUAUUGAGCAACUCAACCUUUGACAUUAGACUUCGCCGGAAAUGUGUAUCUCUUGUCGGUGAUCUAGCGGAAUGUCAACUAGAAAACACCGAUAAAUCAGAGCUUCCCUUUUUCAGUGAUCAUAGUUUUCUGAAGGCAAUAGUUGAUCUAGCCCUAUCAGAUGACCUUGAACUCCAGGAAAAGUCACUUGCUACAAUAAAGAUUUUACUACAACUUCGAACAACCGAUGCUUCGACAUUUAAAGAUUCAUGUGCUUUGGACAAUGCAUUAGAAAAAAUGAGAAUGCAACUGCGACAGUUGAUGGAGGAGGAAGAUCAAAGAGAGUACGCGAUGGAUGUUGAAAUACUCCGCCGAGAAGUGGAGCUGAUUUUUUACAAGAAGCUUGAGAAUGUAUAUCACAUGGCUACUUUUUCUUUAUGAGAAAACUCGAGCCCUUUUACUUGUAGCAUCGUCUUUCAUAUUAAAUUUUCGUUUGAUAAACAUGCAGGGAUUAUAAGUUCCCACAUGACAUGACUUCAGCCAACACCUGUUCCAUUUUCUUUGUAAUUUGAUCUACAACAACAGUGCUUAGAAGACGUUGGGGAAAGCCAUUGAAAGCUCUUCAAACCUUGCAAUGUAGGAGGAUUAUUUAGGGAUCACGAUUCAACAAGUUUCGACAUUUUCAGGUAGAUUUCAUUGAAUUGUUUUGGGUUAACUUUAUUAUACAUACUCAUGUGAAAGACAAACCAGUUGAACUGCACAAAAGCAUAUAUAUCUCGAAGCUCCGAUGUUUUGUCCGAAGGAAGUCCGUCUUUGUAUUUUUAGGUUUCUGUAAGUUUAAAGGAUUAACGGUUAGAAUGCUGUGUUUGAUGUAUAUAUCAUUAGUUGAACUUGUUUUAUUUGAAGCUAAAUUUAUGUUUAGGUAAUGUGUUUGUUGAAUGCAUUGAUUCUAAAAUAAUGUAAUAUACUAACUAUAUGGAGUAUAUAUACUAAGAUUAACGCAGUUUUAUUUCUCGAGUUUAAA